GAUUCAGCUCAUCUGUUACUCUUGUCUCUUCAUCAGUCAGAAGUUGAGUUUGUUGGAACGUGUGCGGCUGUCAACUCCGAGACCAUCGACAGUAAGGGCCCGUGUGAUGAUGCCUGCUGCCAAUCCUGAAAGUGUGUCAGGGAACUGCGGGCCAGCAGAGGCGAUUGAGGAGAGUCCAUCAAAAGAGGGCAAACCAGCAGGGUUCAGUAACAGAGAGAGAUUCAGAACUGCUUUCAGAAUGAAGGCCUACGCCCUGAGACAGAGCUCAGAGGAUACAGGUGGUUUGCCUGAUCCAACUCCUGAGGAGAAGGUCUUCCCACCGGACAUACUGCUGGAGGAGAUGAUUCCAACUCUCAAAUUAGUCAUAAGAGCACUGCGGAUCGUAAUAUUCCUGUUGAGUAAGAAGCGUUUUAAGGAGACUCUGAGGCCGUAUGAUGUAAAGGAUGUGAUUGAGCAGUAUUCUGCAGGACACCUGGACAUGCUCACCAGAAUCAAAUAUCUACAGACACGACUAGAUCUGAUACUGACACCAGGACCGCCUCUCACUCCAAAACACAAGAAACCCCAGAAACCACCAUUUCCAUACCCCACCCAGCAGUCACCUAGACAGGAGUCAUAUCUUACCAAAGUAGGCCUGCCAGAUCCCGAAGACCAAAGCAUGAUGGGUAGAUUUGUGCGGGUUGAGAGACAGGUAGAAGACAUGGAGAAGAAACUGGAUUUCUUGGUGGAUAUGCAUAUGCAACAUGACCUCACAGGCCCCGGCCAAAUGACCAUGGAGCGCUGCGACCCCACGCUGACUGUCCGCCUCGCAGGCGACCGCGUGUACUGCAGCUACGGCCCACCGCUGCACAAUGCACCAUAUUACACGUGCUCUGACGCACACCCGCCGAGACCGACUGUCCUGCCCAUCAGCCCACUGCCAAGCCACUCCCCGUCCUCCAACGUCAGCCAAUCGGGAGGCCGCAGGGUGGGAACGCCGCUGUCGCUGUUGUCGGUCACUCACGAGGAGCUGGAACGCUCGCCCAGCGGAUUCAGCAUCUCCGCUGAGAAAGAGGAGGUCAUGGGCAAGGACUCAGGGUUAACGGCGGGGUCAAGCUGGGGACGCGACCGCCGAUAUUUAGCCGAGGGCGAGACGGAUACGGACACUGAUCCCUUUACCCCCAGCGGACCUGUUCCACUCUCGUCCACCGGAGAUGGGUUCGGCUCCGAUGGAACGUGGGGAACACCACCCUAAAAACGCACUAACACACACUCUUUAUAAUGACUACAGACUUUGUACAGCACAAAACGACACAUAAAGACAAACAUAAUACUCAUCAUAUCUAAAUAUGUAUCCACUUAACGCUUUACCCCUGCAAAGCAAAGAGCACUGCAUGGAAUGCAUGCGUUUUAUCUGUAGUGGUAGACACUGCACUUGGCAGAACGAGACUGUGUGGUUAUAUUUGACUGGAAACUUUAAGGGAGGAGAACAAAACAGAUGCUAUGCCAUUUUUGUAAGCAUUUAUUUUUCUAUUUACACAUCUUUUCGUAUGCAUGGACUGCAUGACUCAUCCACGGAGGAGCUUAAUGUAUCGACGUCUCCGGUUUGCACUUGCUUUCGUUUCGAAUACUUCGGUUUGAGGAAGCUUCUUUCUCUGCACAUCUUGAGCUCGUUUUUAAGUUCCUUUUGCAGAUUGUAUAAACCUUUUUACUCUGGUCAGCAUGAACUGCACUCUGGGACAUCUCAUAUUUUUCAGCGAAUGCACGUCGCCACUAGCUAAGGACCAAAAGCAGAGCCUCAGUUAGGAAUUCCUUAAGUGUCUGGCCUUAAUCCAACCAAUGAGCACACCGUCUGUGAGCGGCACAAAAACUGCCAGCUCAAUGAACAUUGCCACUGUACUGUGGGACCAACUUUCCCAUGGUAACUACAGCUUCCUUAUGGCAACCCUACAUCAAUCACAUGGAUCAUUCCAGGGUAAGGGAGGGUUUGUAGUCGCUCAAUUGUCAGUGGAAAAUGAUCAAACUUUACUCUUAGACAGCAGAAUUAUUUUCUAACAUUGACCAGUUUACCUAUCAAAUUACAAUAGUUAAUACAGUAGUUACACUUACUGAAUGUUUUACUCCAAAACAAAUUCUUAGGUCUUCCAAAAGGUUUCAGCUUGAACAGAUCCUGCGUAAAUUCACUGUUCAAAUGCGAAUUUACUGUCUGUUUUUGUUGUAAAAUUUAUUUAGUUUGUAAUGUCAGUUCUUC